AUGGAUCUUGUGGCCGGGGCUGUGGGCAGCAUCCUCACCAAGCUCGGCGAGCUCCUGCACGGGGAGUACAAGCUGCAGAAGGGCCUGCCGGAGCAAAUCGAGUAUCUGAAAAAUGAGCUCGAGAGUGCGCACACGGCUCUCUGCAAGGUGGGCGAGACGCCGCCUGAGCAUCUGGAUCGACAGGUCCGGCUGUGGGCUGGCGAUGUCAGAGAGGCGUCCUACGACAUGGAGGACAUCCUCGACACCUUCCUCCUCGAUGUCGUGGAGGGGGCCGGCCCUGCUGAGACUAAAAGCAAGAAAGGCUUGCUUAAACGUCUCAAGAAGAUGGCCAAGAUGUUGAAGAAGAGCAAGGCACGCCACGACAUCGCCGGCGCGAUCGAGGACAUGAAGAAACGACUCCAGGAGGUGUGGGACCGCCGCGAGAGGUACUCCAUACCCGUUGCAGUGCCUGCGCCGGCCACCAAACUGGAUCCUCGCCUUGUGGACAUGCACAAAGAGGCAGCACAGAUUAUCGGCAUCGAGAGGACGAGGGCGGAGCUCAUAGACAUGCUUCAGUCAUCGACCCACGGCCACGGAGAUGCUGGCGCCUCCAGCAGCAGCAACCGGACCAAGAUAGUUUCUGUGGUCGGAGCUGGUGGUCUCGGCAAGACCACUCUUGCCAAGGCGGUUUACGACGAGCUGAGUACGGGAUAUGAUUGUCGAGCCUUUGUUUCGGUUGGCCGCAAUCCUGACCUGGUGCAAGUCUUCACCAGCAUCUUCCUCCUUCUCGAUGAAAAAAAGUACAAGGCCAUUCGUGAUGUAAAGGACCUACAACUGCUCAUUGGCGAACUCCGAAAAUUCCUUGUAAACAAGAGGUUCUUCAUCGUUACUGACGACGUAUGGGACAUAAAUUCUUGGCAAGCAUUAGGAUCAGCUUUGCAUCAGAACAAUAACGGAAGUAGAGUUGUCAAAACUACUCGAAAUCUAGAAGUAGCCUAUGGCGAUGAAGUUUACCAGCUUGGUCCUCUUUCACGUGGUAACUCAAAGAAGCUAUUUUAUAUGAGGCUAUUUGGUGGUGAAGACAACUGUCUUGCUCAUCAUCCUGAAGAGGCAUCUGAAAAGAUUCUACACAAAUGUGGUGGUGUGCCAUUAGCUAUCAUCACAAUGGCUAGCUUGUUGGUGGGCAAAUCAAGAAACGAUUGGUUUGAGACCUGCUUAUUGUACCUAAGUGUGUAUCCUGAAGACUGUGUGAUUGAGAAAAAAUCUUUGAUAUGGAAGUGGGUGGCAGAAGGUUUUAUAGAGAAGAAAACAGGAACAAGCUUGUUUCAGCGGGGAGAGGAAUACUUCCAUCAGCUCAUAAAUAGGAGCAUGAUCCAAGGGGUGGAGUCACAAGUGGAUGGCACCAUACAUCGCUGUCGUGUUCAUGACAUGGUCCUUGAUCUUAUUCGUGGUCUGGCAGGCGAAGAAAACUUCAUGACUAUCUCAAAUGAGGAUGGAGGAACAUCAUCGCGACAUAAGGUGUGCCGGUUAGCUCACCAUAAUAGGAUACUACUGUUGGGUCAAUCUCGUCCUAACAGUCAUAGGGACACGACACAACUGAGGUCAUUGGUUGCCCAUCGGUGUGAUAUCCGUGGUUGGGUCUUGCAUCCGAGUCUUAAACUCUUAUGCGUGCUAGCUUUAGAGAGGUGCACAUCAUCUGAUAAUUUUGAGUAUGACAGGCAUGGGCUUGAGCAUCUUGGAAACCUAGUUCAUUUGAGGUACCUAGGGCUACGAGGUACAAAGGUCCGAGAGCUCCCAGAGGCGAUAGGGGCUCUAAAGCUUCUACAGACAUUGGACUUGGAAGAUAUCGGAGGAUAUGAUAUGCAAGUCCAACUGCCAUCGAGCGUUUGCCUGCUAACACGGUUGGUCUGCAUAAGAUGUGAUGAAUUCACGAAGGUGCCCGAUGGGUUCCUCCAGAAGGUUACGUCACUGGAGGAGCUACAGAUAAGUGUUUGCAAGCUGUCUUUUGAGUCCCAGAGGCAAUUUUUGAAGGAACUGCGCAGCCAGAGCCAACUGAGGGUGCUCCGUGUGCUUGGUAUGGGGAGGCUGGAUGAGAGCAUGCAGGUAGAACUUUUGAAGUCACUAGGCAAUCUGCAGGAGCUCCAGCAUCUGGAUCUGUAUUAUAAUCUAAUUUGUAAAACUAGACGUGCCUCAGUGGAGUGGGACAAAGCCGUGCUUCCGGAACAUCUCAGGCGUCUCCGUAUACCAGGCAUCUGGUUCCCUUGUCUGCCAUCAUUCAUAGAUCCCACGCUUCUCCCCAACCUUUGCUACUUGGAGUUGCGUUUGGAUCAUAUGGACGAGGCAGGUCUGAGAACCUUGGGUGGGCUGCCAGAUCUCCGUUACCUCUCCAUUUUCCCGCCUUAUGAGACGGCUUCUAAUGAGCAGUCUAUGGUAAUUAAUAUUGCUUCCCAUGAUGUCUUCUUCCACAAGUUGAGAAGCCUCAUGUUGUUUGGAUGGAUGGUCCAGUUGGCGACCAACGGUGACUCGACUAGUGCUUCGUUGAGAAUCUGGACGGGAGGACAGGAUGCUGCUAUGGUAUUUGAUUCCAAUUCCAAAGCAGAGGACAGGGGCUGCAGCAGCAGAGUAGCACCGGUCCCUGUUGCUGUGAUGCCAAACCUCCAUGAUCUUGUGUUCACUGUCCCAGUCAGGGCUUUCUACGAGGAUGGACACGCUACCUGUGACAAUAAUCUCGGCUUGGACUUGGAGUGCCUCCCUUUGCUACAAUCUGUCGUGGCACAUCUCGACUGUAAGGAUGCCUUCCCUGAUGACGUGAACAAGGCAGAGGCUGAGCUCAGGCGCCUAGCACAACUCCAUGCCAAUAGUUCCGCACUCAGAUUCCACAUGGGUAAAAUUAAUCAACGUAGGAUGGCACGACCAAUACAGAGCGAUGAUGAAGAGUCUUCGGCGAUUCAGCCUUUUGCCUCUUGA